AUGUCGGCCAACGCAAACCUCACUAAGGCCACAUGCUUCACUACAGUGUCUAAGCAGGGUGUUGAGCGCCACAUUCCCAUAACUGGCCCGCCAGUCCGUGCCGCACGCGUAGAAUGGGCCCAGAAACGGUCGCAAGGGGCUGAGUUUGCCAACAUCGUACGAAACGGACCCAUCCAACUCUGGCAAUUCCUGCUGGAGUUGCUCCUGGACAAAUCCUGUCAGUCCUUCAUCAGCUGGACUGGAAACGGCUGGGAGUUUAAACUCUCCGAUCCUGAUGAGGUGGCCAAACGUUGGGGCAAUCGGAAGAACAAACCUAAGAUGAACUAUGAGAAGCUGAGUCGUUGUCUCAGGUACUAUUACCACCGGGACAUCAUUCAGAAGACGUCAGGCAAACGCUACGUCUAUCAAUUUGCCUGUGACGUCCAAGGCCUUCUGGGAAAGACACCCCAGGAAAUCCACGCUCAUCUGAAUGUCAAGCCAGGGCCGGGACCUUGA